AUGAAUCUUACUUUUAAACGACUUGCCACCAAACUAAAGUCACAGCAGGUUGAUUUCCAAAAAUAUACAACAGUUAACCAAAAAGCCUUACAAGCAUCUUUCGAGGUUUCCGUUUUGAUUGCCAAAACUAAAAAACCUCACAACAUUGGCGAGACGCUCAUUUUGCCAGCUGCAAUGAAAAUGGUUUCGAUCAUGCAAGGAGAAAAGUAUGCCAAUUUACUGAAAACAAUUCCACUAUCAAGUGACACUGUUCAUCGUCGUAUCAAUCUACUUGCUGAUGAUAUCAAAAUACAACUUAUAGACCGCGUGAAAGGGAGUCCCUAUUAUGCUAUUCAGCUGGAUGAAAGCACUGAUGUAGUUAAUGUAGCUCAACUUCUGAUAUUUAUCCGAUACCGAUAUGAAAACGACAUAUGCGAAGAUUUGUUAUUUUGUCAGGGAUUAGAAGGAAGAACAACCGGUGAAGCAAUUUUUAAAUCAGUUAAUACCUUUUUUGAACUCCAUGACAUAAAGUGA